AAUACUCGCGCACGUUGUUUUCGUUUUUCAUUUCGUUGUACUUUUAUUUACCAAAAUGCAACGGAAGGAGGCGAAUCCCUUCCAGGUGCUGGGCCUUCGUCCUUGGUUGGUAAAGCAACUAACCAAAUUGGGUCUCAAAGGAGCAACACCCAUCCAACAAAACUGCAUUCCGGCGAUAUUGUCGGGGCAGGAUUGCAUCGGUGCAGCUAAGACGGGAUCAGGCAAGACCUUCGCCUUUGCUUUGCCUAUCCUAGAGCGGCUGAGCGAAGAGCCAGUGAGCCAUUUUGCCCUGGUACUGACACCCACCCACGAGCUGGCCUACCAGAUAUCCGAGCAGUUCCUGGUGGCCGGUCAAGCGAUGGGCGUUCGCGUAUGCGUCGUGUCCGGCGGCACCGACCAAAUGAUCGAGAGCCAAAAGCUGAUGCAGCGGCCGCACAUCGUGGUUGCCAUGCCCGGUCGCUUGGCAGAUCACCUCACCGGCUGUGAUACCUUCUCCUUCGACAAUCUUAAGUACCUGGUAGUGGACGAGGCGGAUCGCAUGUUAAACGGUGAUUUUGACGAGAGCCUGGCCAUCAUCGAAAGGUGCCUACCGAAGACCAGGCAGAACCUCUUUUUCUCUGCCACCAUGAAGGAUUUCAUGAAGGAGUCUAGCAUAUUUCCUAUUUCCAGCAAUUGCUUCGAGUGGUCGCAAGACUCUGACGUUGCCACUGUGGACACUCUAGACCAGAGGUAUCUGCUGUGCGCCGACUACGAUCGAGACAUGGUUUUAAUCGAGGCACUGAGGAAGUACCGCGAGGAGAACGAAAACGCCAAUGUCAUGAUUUUUACUAAUACGAAAAAGUACUGCCAGCUUCUCUCGAUGACCCUAAAAAAUAUGGAUAUCGACAAUGUUUGCCUACAUGGAUUCAUGCGGCAAAAGGAGCGGGUAGCUGCCCUUAGUCGCUUUAAAUCCAACCACAUUCGCACACUAAUUGCUACAGAUGUCGCUGCCAGAGGUCUGGACAUACCCAGUGUCCAGUUGGUCAUGAAUCAUAUGCUUCCCCGGACACCGAAGGAGUACAUACAUCGAGUGGGCAGAACAGCGAGAGCGGGACGCAAAGGCAUGUCUAUCUCCAUAUUCCGUUUUCCCCGCGACUUGGAGCUGUUGGGCGCCAUAGAAGAAGAGAUCAACACCAAAAUGACCGAGCAUCCCAUCGAUCAGCGCAUGGUGGAACGCAUUUUCAUGCAAGUUAAUGUUACCCGCCGGGAAUCAGAGAUGCAAUUGGAUAACAACGAUUUUGAUGAAAGAGCCCAAAAUUACAGGCGUAAAACAUGGAUAAUGGAGGGCAAGGAUCCAGAUCAAAUGGAAGCGCUCUAUCGCAAAAAGCAAAAGGAUAAAUUAAAGGAAAUACGUCGUAAGAGGAAACUACAGCAGGAAGAAUCGGCUGCUAGCGAAGAGGGCAAAGCUCUUCUUCAUGAUGAACGCUUCAAAUCUGUAGACAGUGCUCGAUUUGAAAAAAAAGGAAAAGGACGUCUUCAGGGUCCCAAAGAGGGCACCAGCCAAAAACCUUUAAAAAGGCUUAAAAAUGCCAAGCCGGCUGCUCAUCAAAAGGGAAAAACAAAGAAUCAAAAAAUUCAAAAGAAGGCUAAAUAGUGAUGUUUAAAUAUAUGUUUAUUCAAUAACAAAUAACUUUUGAGCUUACACUGCUAAGUAGUUG